GGGCGGUGGCGGCGCUGCCCGCGCUCGCUGCGCGGCCGUUGGGGCUCGUUCCCUGCCGGCUCCGCCAUGUCGCUGCCGCCGGAGAAAGCCUCGGAGCUGAAGCAGAUCAUCCACCAGCAGCUGCUCAAGAUGGAUGUGCAUGGGAGGAUACGAGAAGUUCUUGCUGAGACUAUACAAGAAGAGCUGGCACCUGAGCAUCAGCAGUUGUCCACAGAAGAGCUGAUAAAAGCCCUCAGACAGCGGGGAAUCAUUGAUGAUGUUAUGAAGGAACUGAAAUUUGUAGCUGAUGUGAACGAAACGGAGAGGACUUCAGCUCCCAAACUAUCAACACAUUUUGCUGACAGACAACCACCAGUUUUGAAAAAAACUAACAUUGACCCAACACGGAGGUAUCUUUACCUUCAGGUUUUGGGUGGAAAAGCUUUUCUGGAACAUCUUCAGGAACCAGAGCCUCUGCCUGGCCAGAUCUGUUCUACCUUCACUCUGUGUUUACAUUUUCGAAACCAGCGCUUCCGUUCCAAACCUGUACCCUGUGCCUGUGAGCCAGAUUUUCAGGAUGGUUUUCUCCUUGAAAUACACAAGGAUAGCCUGGGUGACGGAAGUAAGAUGGCGGAUGCAACCACAAUGUUGUCUAUUUGUGACCCAGUGCAUAUGGUUCUGAUCAAAACAGACACGUUUGGUGAGACCACACUGGUGGCAUCCUAUUUCUUGGAGUGGAGGUCUGUCUUGGCUGCAGAGAACGGCGUAACAAAUGUUGCUGUGGAACUCUUGGGUGUAGGUACAGAAUCAAAGGUUUCUGUUGGUAUUUUAAACAUCAGGCUGGAAAUGUAUCCACAGCUUAAUAAGACACUUUCUUCAGAAAUAACUAGUACUCAAUUCUCUUUGGAACGUCAGAAAACAGCAGAAAAAGAACGUUUAUUUCUUGUGUAUGCUAAGCAGUGGUGGAGAGAAUACCUGCAGAUCAGGCCUACCCACAACACAAGGCUGGUAAAAAUCUUUGCACAGGAUGAGAACGGGGUGAACCGGCCCGUGUGUUCGUUCGUGCGGCCGCUGCGCGCCGGGCGGCUGCUGGACACGGCCAGGCAGGCGGCGCGCUUCGUCAGCGUGCUGGGCCACGAGAGAGCGCCCGUCAUCGGCGGCGGCGGCCGGCACGAGCAGUGGUGCACCCUGCUCGCCUUCCUCUGCAGGAACAAGGGUGACUGUGAAGACCAUGCUAACCUUCUGUGCAGUCUUCUUCUUGGGUUUGGAUUGGAAGCCUUUGUGUGUGUUGGAACAAAAGCAAAAGGAGUCCCCCAUACUUGGGUAAUGACUUGUGGAUCUGAUGAAACAAUUACUUUUUGGGAGAGCUUAACAGGGCAUAGGUACCUCCACAGACCUAUCAACCCUGACGACCCUCCCCUAGCUGAACAACCCAAGCCACUGUACCCAUAUCGCACAAUAGGUUGUAUCUUCAACCAUCAAAAGUUCUUUGGAAACUGUCAGCCAUCUGAUGCUGUGGAGGUGUGUGUGUUUGACCUGCAUGAUGAGUCUAAAUGGAAACCCAUGAGUGGAGAAGCAAUAAAAUCUGUGUGUCCUCCUGGAGCAACAUCUUCAGUUCCCCCUUUUCCUCCUCUGUGUGCUUCUACAAUAGAUGCUGCUGCAACAAGCAAUGAGAUAGAAGUGCAGCUGAGGAUACUGGUUGCUGAACACAGAAAGGAUCUUGGCCUUUCUACAAUUUGGGAUGACCAGCUCUCCUAUCUGUUGUCACCAGCGUUAGCAGCCUAUGAGCUGGAACGCACAACAGGCGUUUCUGCAGGAAAUGAGGAGUUUCAGGAUGCCGUGAGGAGAGCGGUACCUGAUGGUCACACCUUCAAAGGGUUUCCCAUCCAUUUUGUGCACAGAAAUGCCAGGAGAGCAUUCGCCACGUGUCUUCGGUCUCCUUUUUGUGAAGAAAUAAUCUGUUGCAGGGGAGACCAAGUGCGACUUGCAGUUCGUGUUCGAGUGUUUACGUACCCUGAAUCUGCGUGUGCUGUUUGGAUCAUGUUUGCUUGUAAAUACCGCUCUGUCCUUUGAGAAAAACCCCAAAUUGUUCAUACCUUUUUAGCAAAAUAAUGUAUGUGAGUGUAAAAUGAUUCAAUUAAAAACUAAUAAACUAGUAUUUUCUAUAAAUGCCACUGAUUUUAAACACCACAAUGUGUAUAUUGAAGGGGAUUGUGUAAACAGUAAUGAUUGUAUUUAUAAAGAGAAUUUAUUAUUUGUAAUAAAAGUUGCCUUUUAUAUUUA